AAUCCAUUAGCCUUGGGUGUGAAAUAGAUGGUCUUAGAAUUUAAAAUGCAAUUUUUUUUUUACGAAAGAAGAAAUUAAAAAAAAAAAUGUUUCGGCUCCCAAUCAGGUGAAAUCAAAAUCGAAAUCCAACUAAAAAAAUGGUCAUAAUCAUGCAGGUUCAAACUUCUCUGAUCAUAAAUCAAAACGUGCUCAAACUGGCCAUGGCCACCUGUCCUGAAGAGAUGUGGGUCUCUCUCUGUCCUUUGUUAUGACUUGUGUGCUUGACUGGAUUUUCCACCAGGAUAGCGGUCUAUCUGUAAACAACCUGUUCAAUAUAAACUAUAAUAAUUAAAUUAUUUCUUAAAGGAAAAAAAAUUGCUCCUUUUGUGCAUAUGCUAACGGACAAACGAACAAAAAUAUAAUAUUGCAAGACCACACUGUACUCACUCUCACGCAACAGAAGAUAGAGAAUAAAAAGGACGGAACAUGUCGGACUCCUACUGCCCUGACUGUAAGCGACUCACUGAGAUAGUCUGCGAUCACGCCGCCGGAGACACCAUCUGCUCCGAGUGCGGUUUGGUCCUCGAAGCUCACUCCGUCGAUGAGACAUCCGAGUGGCGUACUUUUGCCAACGAAUCCUCCGAUCACGAUCCUAACCGUGUUGGUGGUCCCAUUAACCCUCUCCUCGGCGAUGGUGGCCUUACCACUGUUAUUUCCAAAACGAAUGGCUCCUCCAAUGAGCUUCGCUCUGGCUCUAUCGGGAAAUGGCAGAGCCGUGGCGCCAAUUCUGAUCGUGGUUUGAUUCAGGCUUUCAAGUCCAUUGCUGCUAUGGCCGAUAGGUUGGGACUCGUUACAACCAUAAAGGAUCGAGCUAAUGAAAUAUAUAAGAAGGUAGAAGGUCAGAAACCUUUAAAAGGGCGAAAUCAAGACGCAAUUUUAGCUGCAUGUCUCUAUAUUGCUUGUCGACAAGAGAACAAGCCACGAACUGUAAAAGAAAUUUGUUCUGUUGUCAAUGGGGCUGCAAAGAAAGAAAUUGGCCGGGCAAAAGAGUUUAUUGUGAAACAUCUGGAGGUAGAGAUGGGGCAUGCUGUGGAAAUGGGAACUAUACAUGCUGCAGACUAUCUGAGACGUUUUUGCUCCAACCUUGGAAUGAUCAAUCAAGCAGUUAAGGCUGCCCAAGAAACUGUACAGAAAUCUGAAGAGCUUGAUAUAAGGAGGAGUCCAAUAUCAGUGGCAGCAGCUGUUAUUUACAUUAUUACUCAACUUACUGACGAUAAGAAGCCUCUCAAAGGUUUGGAAGACAUGAGUCCUGAUACCCAUCUUCUUUUCCCAAAAAAUAAUAAUGCUUUUAUGUUUGCAGAUAUUUCAGUUGUUACUCAAGUCGCUGAAGGCACCAUCAAGAACUCCUAUAAGGAUCUUUAUCCUCACUUGUUACAGAUAGUACCAAGCUGGUUUGCCAAGGAAGAAGAUAUAAAGAAUCUUCAUCCAUAGAUCUAUCUACCCACAAGGAGAUUGAUGAUUAUACUUAAGUCACAGGAUUGAGUUUUGGACAUGUAUAUCUUUAUGGUUAUUUUAUACACAGAACAGGCUUUUUUUUUUUUUCCUUGUAUGUUGUAAUCUAGCUGGAAUUUUCAGCAAGCAUUAAUAUUUAAUAAUAAAUUUAGUUAAUUUAUUUGACAAA